UCACGUUACUGUUGCGUGUGAAGCCGUUGGCUUCGAACCGCCUGGCUCUGUAUCUAGCUAUUAUCUUUAAAAUGUUCAUUAGUUUCCUUGAGGUAUCAAUUUUGCAAUAUUUUGAAAUGUAUAACAUGAUUUAGCUUUAACACGGGGAUUACAGCGGAAACCAUCUAUCAAAAGAUUUCAGACAAAAUUGCGGAGUUCCUCCUCUGGACGGUGGAGCAAUGAGCUUCUGAAAGACACUAGAUCACAUGGCUCCUAUCCUGCGCUGACCCCAUGGUUUAACCACCAGGAUUAAAAAUGAGCAUUAGCAGUGAUGAGGUCAACUUCCUGGUGUACAGAUACCUGCAAGAGUCGGGCUUCUCCCACUCGGCGUUCACCUUUGGCAUAGAGAGCCACAUCAGCCAGUCCAACAUCAACGGAGCCCUGGUUCCCCCUGCUGCCCUCAUCUCCAUCAUCCAGAAGGGCCUGCAGUACGUGGAGGCAGAGGUCAGCAUCAACGAGGAUGGCACUCUUUUUGACGGGCGGCCCAUCGAGUCGCUGUCCCUGAUCGACGCGGUUAUGCCCGACGUGGUGCAGACGCGGCAGCAGGCCUACAGGGAAAAGCUGGCCCAGCAGCAGCAGGCGGGCAGCACCAGCGGCACCCAGGGCCUCCAGCCUGGCGGUGCCAAGAACGGAGAGGGGGGCACCGCUGCCAACGGCGAGGAAAACGGCGCCCAUGGCUUAGCCAACCACCAUGCAGAGAUGAUGGAGGUGGACCGGGAUGUGGAGAUCCCCCAGAACAAGGCCAUGGUGCUGAGGGGCCACGAGUCAGAGGUGUUCAUCUGUGCCUGGAACCCCGUCAAUGACCUGCUCGCCUCCGGGUCUGGGGACUCGACGGCGCGGAUCUGGAACCUGUGUGAGAAUGGCACGGGCAGCUCCACCCAGCUGGUGCUGAGACACUGUAUACGGGAGGGGGGCCAGGACGUACCCAGCAACAAAGACGUCACCUCACUGGACUGGAAUAGUGAGGGUACGCUGCUAGCCACAGGCUCGUACGACGGCUUUGCCAGAAUAUGGACUAAAGACGGUAACCUUGCCAGUACUUUGGGCCAGCACAAAGGUCCUAUAUUUGCCCUCAAAUGGAAUAAGAAAGGGAACUUCAUCCUCAGUGCAGGAGUAGAUAAGACCACCAUCAUUUGGGACGCUCACACAGGAGAGGCUAAACAGCAGUUUCCCUUCCACUCAGCGCCUGCCCUGGACGUGGACUGGCAGAGCAACAACACGUUUGCCUCCUGCAGCACGGACAUGUGCAUCCACGUAUGUAAGCUGGGCCAGGACCGGCCUGUCAAGACCUUCCAGGGACACACGAAUGAGGUGAACGCAAUCAAGUGGGAUCCCACGGGGAGUCUGCUGGCCUCCUGCUCUGACGACAUGACACUCAAGAUCUGGAGUAUGAAGCAGGACACGUGUGUCCACGACCUGCAGGCUCACAGUAAGGAGAUCUACACCAUCAAGUGGAGCCCUACGGGGCCCGGGACCAACAACCCCAACGCCAACCUGAUGCUGGCCAGCGCGUCGUUUGACUCGACGGUGCGUCUGUGGGACGUGGAGCGAGGCGUGUGUAUCCACACACUUACCCGCCACCAGGAGCCCGUCUACAGUGUGGCCUUCAGCCCCGACGGGCGCCAUCUGGCCAGCGGCUCCUUCGACAAGUGUGUCCACAUCUGGAACACACAGACGGGUGUGUUAGUCCACAGCUAUAGGGGAACGGGGGGCAUCUUCGAGGUGUGCUGGAACGCCACGGGGGACAAGGUGGGAGCCAGCGCGUCAGACGGUUCGGUUUGUGUAUUAGACCUGAGGAAAUGACGCUCGUUUGGGUAGCCAUGGACCGACUACGAAUGUGUACAUAGCCAAAAUGACUGUCCCUGCCUGUCGUCUACACUGCUGUAGUCCCAUCAGAAGCCAUGGCCUGCAAUCACAACAACCACCACCACAGACAAACAGAGCGCCCAACACCCACAUAAACACUUAAACUAACCCCCAGCGAAGGGGGUCUGGCCCCCCCUCAAGUCAGACUCACAGGAGAGAAAAAUGACUUUUACGUUCAGAGAAAAUAAUUCCAAAAGAUCUGCUAUCUGUUUACUUUUGUUUAUUUUGAUCCUUUAUACCAGACAUUAGAAAUAGCUAUUUUUCCUCACGUCGUUGGUGUGUGCAUAUUGUACAUGUCAGCAUGUUUUGUCGUCCUGUGGCCACUUUUUUUUGCCGUAGGUUUGUGUUACAUGUCGGGGAAAGAGAGAAGAGGUCAGUAGGAUUUUUGUUUAUUCUACAAUUUGGGGUUUGAAACUUUUUAUUGGGAGAAAUCCGUUCACUUUGGCACUGUAAAAAAAUGUAUGGCUCAAGAAAGCAUUGGACAACAAAUCUAUAUUUCAAAAGUUGAAAUGGGUUAAUUUGUUUUCAAUUGUAAUUUUGUUGCUUUUUUUUUUUUGUAUUUGUCGGAGGGCAGUUAGUGAGGAGGAAAGCCCAUUGCAUCAUUUUGCUUGUUUACCUUUAGAAAUUGUUUCAGGUGUGCAAAACUGUUAGAUCUCUGAACUAAAGAUCAUUACUGCAGCUACUACAAAACCCCAUCCUCUCAUAUUCCAACUACGUUACUUUAGGUUUGAGUGUUACGUAGGAGGAUAAGCUGAUCCUCGAUCUGUGCCUCCGUGGAGCUUUUAUCCAGAACGUAAGAAUGGCAGUGCUUUGGGUAGCUCAUGAAUCAAUGCGACACAGGACAACCCCCAUACAAACUCUGACGUCAAAGUUAGCCGGGAGUUUUCAGACCCGAAAGAUGAGAUUUGUCAAUGUUCCAAGACUACUUUUGGAGUCUUAAACUUCUGACCAGCUUAGAUUUUGGAGUGAACCAUUGUUUUAAGUGUUCUGUUUGAGGACGCACUGCUGUGUCUGCUCUUAGGUCAUUGUUUAAAAAUUGUGGAUGAUAUGAUUUUCUACCCAGCACCAACACUUGGAGACAGGCCUAUGCAUGGAUAGAUGGCGCUUUUUUUGUGGUGUUCAAAAGGUGAUGUUUUUUUAAGCAAAAGUCUUGUUUGUUUGGUUUCUAGGCAGGGGGAUGAGGUGAGAUGCGGACUUUGGAACAUAUUACUUGAUGAAACAUUCUAACUACAUAUAUAUAUAUAUAUAUGUAUAUGUGUGUAUAUAUAUGUAUAUGUAUAUGUGUGUGUAUAUAUAUGUAUAUAUAUAUAUAUAUAUGUGUGUAUAUAUAUAUAUGUGACAUCACAGGGGAUUCUUUUGUAUGCCACUUAUAUGCAAGGGUGGUUUAGAAACAUUCAGAGUAACUCAAAAACACGCUUGGAAAAUGGUAUUCUUAUGCAUCAUCUGGGUCUUUCACCAUGAGAAAUGGUUCUUUAUAAAAUACCAUUAAACGGUCAUAGGUAUAAAAGAGCAGCACUAAGAAUGGGUUUGUGUUAGUUAUUUUCUGCACUUAAUAAUAAUGCGAAACAGGGAAAUGUGUUCAAGCCAAGGUUUGGGUCAAUUCCAUUUUGAUUAAUUCUGGAAGUGAACUUCCAAUUCAAGAAUUGAAUAAAAUCUUUAUUGAAAAUGAAUGGCGCCUUUUUUCCAUUCUUGAAUUGGAAUUUGAGCUCAUUUCCUGAAUUUAAAUGGAGUUGACCACCAACCCUGGUUGGUACAUCCAGACGGAGGAUAAUGCUCUUAGUUUCAUUUCACUCCCCUAGCUGAACGUGUGCAGUUGAUCUGUGAAAAAGCGAGGGGGAAUAUUAGUGUCUAAACUGUUGACUUGCUGGGUACACAUUGGAUCCAGGCCAACUUCAUGGCAUUCCAACAUACCAUAUCUUAGCCCUAGCUAACAUCCUGUGGCUUUAAAACACCAAUGUUUUUCUUUCUUUUUUUUCCCCAAAAGCCUCCUUUGUGAUUUUUGUUCAGAAAGAAUGUCACUUGUUUUACAAACAUAUUUUGUACAGAAGCUAGCUAAGAGUAUUUUGAAGUUUGCUUUAAUAUAACCAACAGUGAGUGGAUUGUACCAUGAAGACUAUUAGGAAGUCCGACAGUGGAAUGGUAUUUUAUGUUUUGUUUUAAAAAAGAUAAUCUUUUUACACUGCAUUCAAGUGUUUACUAUUUCUUGUUCCUACCUAAAGUACUAAUUAUAUCUUUGCUAUGCCUAAAAAGCCCUUGAAGGUUUUGUACUCUUUGGAAAAACUUUUAUAAUUCUGAUUUAUUUGUAGCUAUGUAUGCAAAAAUGAACAAAAACAAUAAAUCAAAACUUUAAUGUGGACGUAUCAUAACACCCUGGACCAUGUAGAUAGAUACCAGUACGCAGAAUGUUUUGUUUCAUGUCGUCUUUGCCCUCACCCAUGUUAUCUGCUGUCACUCACACAGAUGCUGAGACUCUCUCUGCAACCUACGCAUCUGACUGUUGUAAUAUCAAUCAGAUCUUUGAAACGUCUAGAAUAAAAAAUCUAUUUUGAUAAUA